GAGAGUGGGGUUCAGUCAGUGUCGCCAGGAAAGAGGCCAGUGUUGCAGGCGCUGUGGACUCACAGAGACGUGCCCGGCGUGGUUAAACCAUGUUCUCUAAGUGGGAGAACGCCUCUGCCCAGGACACAAGAUGAAGGUGGAGGAGAGGAAGAGCUCCUCUCCAGGCGACAUUCUCUCUGCUGACGUUCCCACGCUCCUCACUCUGGUCGGCCUCCUCCUGCUACUCCUCACAGGCGAGGUGUCGGGGGUGAACGUGACCACCCAAACCCAAGUGGUGAGGGGCGUCGUGGGCAAAGAGGCCCUCCUGUCCGUCAGCUACACCAGCAGCAGCACAGACAAGCCGGUCAUCAAGUGGCAGCUGAAGAAGGACAAAAUCAAGCCCGUCACCGUGGUGCAGUCCAUCGGCACCGACAUCAUCGGAAACCUGCGGCCGGAGUACCGCAACCGCAUCCUGGUGUUCGAGAAUGGCUCGCUGCUGCUUCACAACCUGCAGCUGUCGGACGAAGGGGCCUACGAAGUGGAGAUAUCCAUCACGGAUGACACCUUCACAGGGGAGCACUACAUUGAGCUGACGGUGGAUGUUCCCGUCUCCCGGCCGUACAUCCAGAUGGUGGCGUCGUCUGUCCUCGAGUACAGCGAGCACUUCCACUUGCACUGCUCCCACGACAACGGCACCAAGCCCGUGUACGCCUGGCUGAAGGGAGGCAAGGUGCAGGCCAACGACUCCCGCCUGCUGCUCUCGCACGACCAGAAGGUGCUGACCAUCUCGCGCGUCCUCAUGUCGGACGACGACGUCUACACGUGCACGGUGGAGAACCCCAUCAGCAGCAUGAAGAGCACGCCCGUCAGGCUCACCGUCUACAGACGCAGCUCGCUGUACAUCAUCCUGUCCACCGGGGGCAUAUUCCUCCUCAUCACCCUGGUGACGGUGUGCGCCUGUUGGAAGCCUUCCAAAAAGAAGCAUCGGCCGGUCCCCCAGAGGGCCCCCAUCUACAUGGAGCAGAUUGAAAAUGGCCAUGACAUUGAUGUUGUACCGAAACCAACCACCCUUGGCCGAAGGAGCCCCAUGCCUCUCUACGUACUCAACGAAGACGAGACCCUGGAGCGUUUGGAAGAAAGCGCCAGCAAUGCUUUCAGCCAAUCAGAAAUCAACAUCCCUGCCACCUACGUGCCGGUCCUCCCCUCUCACGCCCACAGAACUGACCAGCCCGUCUGGACCACCCCGCGCAGGUACUCCCGCAGCCCCUCCCCGCUGGCGCAGCUCCUCCCACAAGCGUCCCCCCUCGCCGGUCCUCCCCUCACGCCCGUCCGGUCGCCGGCCCACUCCCCUUGCUCGUCCCCGCGCGGCUUCAGCCCCAUAAGAAAGGCCCGGCCCCCGGUCGGAAUCCCCAACAUCCGCCUGCCCGUCGAGGCGGAGAGUCCCGCCCCCGGCGAGAAGACCCCGGGUCCUCCGCAGCAGUGAGGCCCCGUGUUGUCGAUCUUCUAUGCUGUAACGUCGCCAAGGAUGCUGAUGUUGUUAGCGCCAUCAAGUCCUGGGUGGCCUCCAGCGGUACAGGUGACGUCCUGUGAUGUAAACAAAGUAGGUACCAUGCACGGAUGUUUCCUUUCUCACCUUUUAUUAAUUACACCGGGAACCCCUCAGAAGUAGUUUUAGGAGAUUUCCUUUUUUUCUAUGUUACUGUUCAAACGUCAAAGCGGUCUUAUUGUAUAGCUACAAAAUAAAAAA